CUCCUGUCUCUGGAAAUGAGCUGGUUAACCACUCUGGAUAUUUCUAGAUAGCACGGUUCCUAAAAUGUAUGUUUUUUUUUGCAGCUGGGGAUUUUGCAAUGAUGCAAAUAUCUCUUUAACUCCACCUAUUGGCAUGAGUGUACUGAUGCCGGGCAUUUUCAAGAACAAACUCUUAAAGACCAGGAGCCAGUCUACAAUGCAUGGGACGUUACAGGACAUUUUUCUACUUUAUCGAAGAUCACUACUUCUUACUACUUCUAUUUAUUGCAUUUUUUUCUCUGGAGAGUUGUUCUUACCAUUCUAACAUUUUAGGAUUUUUGUAUUCUCCUUUUUGGAUUUUACAAUAACAUCUCAGAUAUACAAUGGCUCUUUCUCAUGCAAUGGACACUUUUGUGUCAGGGAGAAAACAAGAACACGCAUUUUCCUUUAUUUUUCUUUGCUUGAUGCUCGGACUAACUGUAGGUGCUAUAUUUUGUCUGAUUUUGCACCUGUCCUCAGUAUGCAGCCUUCCUUGUACUCUGAUGAUUUCUGUUUCUAUUGGAGUCGUUAUGUCGGUUCUUGCCUUCCUGUCCAGGUCAAUGCGUUGUCUGGGAUUGCUUUUUGUACUCUCCUGCAUAAUGAAAAAAGGAAGGAAUGCUCUUAUUGCAGCUGGUACAGGCAUAGUUCUGCUUAACAAUGUCAAAAAUAUUUGUAAAAAUCUCAAAAACCUAGCGGAGAGCUUAACAUGCAACUUGGAAGCAAAGCAGCUAUUUGUAAAUGUAUUCCCUCUGGGCAUUUUUGUUAAAAUCAUGCAUUUCAUUUUUAAACAAAGUCAUGAUUUCUUUGAGAUUCUUAAAUUUGCAGAUUCUUUUAAGUGUAAUGCAAAAAUAAACAGUGAGAAUAUUGAACUUGCGAUAAAUGAAACAAAAGCAAAAAUUCAAAAUACAUCGGAAAGUAUAGCUUCGCUGCUUGACAUUGCUUCUUACGCAGGACAUAUAUUGAUUCUCAUAAUUGGUAUUUCAUGGGUGUUACUUGGAUCUUGGCUUUUUGUAAGGAAAUUUUUGAGUCAUGAAAGCAAAACAUUUGAUAAUCUGUAUAUUACCAAGAGAUUUAUGCUUUACGAUCAGUGCACGAGGCAACAGAAUGAAGUUUGUGUUUUACCUCUCAAUAAUCAAGAAAAGAAAGAGUAUAUCAUAAUACCAAGUCUGAAAAUGUCAAAAAAACAAAAUAAGUUACUGUGGCUAUAUUUCAUCCCUGUCUUCACAAAUAUGUUCAUUUGGACCUUUCUCAUGUUUCUAGACUUUGUUUUUUAUUGGCUGAUAGUUACAGUAAGCAAACAUCUCCAAGAAAUUCCACCUCUUGAGAUACCAGUAAGAGCGUAUUUUUCUGUAAGUACUAUACUCAUAGCAUACUUUGUCCAGUGACUGUAGAUGAGUUAGAGGGCAAGGAGAAACAUAUAUCAAUCCAACUCAUCGGUUUCAUGGAGACUACGAAGCAAAAGUAAAUCUGGGGCAAAGUUCUGAAAGUGGUGGAAACAGUCGGUGAAAGAUUCCAUUAGUUUCACUUUUUGAAUUUUACCCCACCAUGGAAUACAUAAAAUUUCCGUGGUCAAUAAAUCAGCAGACACCUAAUCUGUAAAGUAAAUGAGUAACCUAGCACACCAGAUGUGUGUGAGCUCCAUAUUGCAUGAUUAUUCGCCGGCCUAAAUAAUUCACUAUGGCAAUGAGUAGUGCUGAUCUAAAAACUGGCUCCCAAAAAUGAGGCCAAAAUAACUGACUUGGAAAAAUUCCCAAAUUUGGGUAUUUAACCCUACGUUUUGCAAUUUAGAUCGUGAGGUUCUCUGCUUUGGGAACAGUCACCAUAAACAAAUUGGCUUUGUCCAGUUCAAAAAAUCUUAUCACACUGACUUACAAACUUUUGUUUCUGUCCCAAGUUGAUAAUGUUCUAUGUUCUAUUUUCCUCUUUCAUGAUCGUUUUUACUUACUUAUAUAAACACAUGUAGGCUUAGGUAUUAAUCCUUGAAAAAAAACAAGGAAAAAAAAAACAUGGAAGGACUUUAGUACAUAUGCCAAUAGUUAGAUUUUUUUUUUUUUUUUAUGAAUUAGCAUGAUUAGCAUAAAAAAUACAAAUCUUAAAGACUACUGAUCAGAAAUUGCACAAUUUUGUCUAGUGUAUAGAGUGAUAGUUAAAAAAGAAAAAAAAAAAGAAUCCAAAAUUAAGACGCUGCCCAGUAGACUUGUGCAAAAAUGAAUUUCAAGCAAUUUGCCGAACAAAAUUCCUGUUAAUUGAUAAUGGAGCAAAUUGCUUCUGAAUUGAUCUUAUCUGUUGAUUUCACAAGUGAAAAUAGAGGUAAACGACUGCACAUGUUUAUUGUCCAGGGUUUUCACAUUCUACAAAAAGGUUUUAUUGUAAAAAAUAAAUUUUGUGGAUCGCAAGCCUAGUAGUAGGGCCUAGGUCCAGUAGCUUUUUCGAAAUAAAUAUUUUUAAUUUGGAAUCUUUGUGUAGUGUUUGAUAUUUGGUGUUACUUAUAAACAACGUCCUCAAAAUGGUGUCAAAAUUGCAUUUAAAAUUUUAUGUUGUGAUUUCAGCAGCUUUGAAAACAGUAACAUUCCUAAUGAUACUUCAAAUUCCUUGGUUAAUUAGCAUAUUGAGGGAUUUUAAGAAAUAGGCUACUAUGUUGGGUUAGGGUUCUCUAGGAUUAUGGGAUUACCAGGUUAGCUGCAAUAUACAGCAUCCUCAGUGUUUGGGCGGAAAGAAGUUAAACCAGUUGUACACAUUGUGCUCUUUUGAUGCACGAUAACUGUGUGGGAUAAUGUAGUAUGAUGUGCUGUAAUGAUGUAUGUCCAAAAAUAGUCUGCAUUGUUGUAUGUCCAAAAAUAGGCGGGUAAGGCACUCUAGGCAGUAGCUUAUUACAGGUCACUAGCUCCGUGAAAGAGGGAUUUUGAGUCCACCACAGUAGAAGAAAUUGCAAUCCAAGGGCUUCACAAUGUAGAUGCUUAAUAGUCACAUUUAUUUGCGCUCACAGGAUGCCACACGAAAAAUAAAUGCUAAGUUUCGGCUUUACGGGCUUAGUGUUGUUAAGGCCUUACUGUGUCAUGACUAGGACUGUGUAGGCCUAAACAUCGCAUUUACUUUUUUGUUGUAACCUAUGAGGACCAAUACAUUUGACUAUUGAGCACUUACAUUGUGAUUGCAUUGAUGUAUGUGUUGUGAAUGGAUUUAAAUGUAUUAUUAUUAUUAUUUGGUAUUUGUAUAGUGCCAGCAUAUCAGUUAUGUUGAUAUUUUGUUCUACAUUUAUUUUGCAUGCAGGGCAAGAAAAAAGCUUUUUUAGUACCUGAAACCAGUAGCACAGCCACGUAUGAAGAACACGUCCAAAUGUAUCUGUUUGAACCAAAGUGUAACCCAAUGCCAGGUCUGUGUCUCUCUGACUCCUGGAUUCCCAUCAGCAUCAUAAUCAUUGUAUUGUUUAUUUUUGGGACAUUGUCUCCUUUUCUCAUACAAACCAAAAUGCUAGUGGCAGGAGCUUUUUAUCCAGACAAGGACUUAGAACGCAUAAAGUACAUUCACAAUGAAAUACUAAGGAAAAGAUCGAAAACUACGUCUGACGGUGAAAGACGAAGUCUGGGUACCAUUAUUUCACAAGUAAGGCACCAAGAAUUUGCCAUUUAUUGCAAUUAUUCAUCUUGAGUUUUUAUUAGAAUUUAACAGCUACAAUUUAAUAAGAUUUUGUUACCAAACACAUUGUUGCAUCAAACAAGUGCAGAUUAUUUAACUCCUAGAUUUUAAAUCAGCAAAUCUAUUUCAUAACAAGUCUAUGAUGUUUAGAAUGAAAUUAGAGUUUUGUUGUUUUGUUAAGAAAAGAUAAAAACAAUAAAGAGAAGUGAAACUCUGCACGUUGGCCAAGCUGUCUUGACUGAAACAACAUAAGUUUUAACUGUUUUAACCCUGUUUGACUGUCACAGUAUUCAUUUUUCCUGCAUGUGCAGAUCUAAAUACUUGGAAAUGAAUAAAUGAAUAAGUAUCUUAAGGCAUUAUGUAUUCCAUGCAAAGUUGCACUUGUUGUUUGUGAUAUAGCUUUUGAGGGGUUUUUAUAAUGCGUGUCCUAUUUCAGUUUCUGAUACAUAGCAGCUAUGAACACAGUCAUCUUCUGUACCAGAAGGUCCAUGGGUAGGGCGGUUGCUUUGGGUUUCAUUGUGGAAAAUGAAAACUUGAACUCAAUGGCUGGGCAGUGUCAGAUACAAAAAUGUAUUUGAUUUAUUCACACAGUUGCUACUAACAACUUGACAAAGUUUUGGAGGUGCUCACAUUCCCCUCUCUAAAAGUUCCAAAAUGUUGUUGCAUAAGUAACGAAAUGAUCGAUUGAUAAAGAGAGUCAUGUUUAUCCUUGUAAAGUUGGUGUAAGGUCUUCUCCCAUGUAUGUUUUGGUGAAGAUAAAGGUAUGUGAAGAUCUGAUAUCAUGCAUGUGUGAGGUCCUUCUACCAGACAUGAUGGAGGUGUAAGGUCUUCCUAUCAUGUAUAUUCUAAAAAAGGGAGUUUCCCGGCAAAGAUGUAGGUAUGUAAUGUGAGGACCUCCUGGCAGUAAGUGAUAGAAUGAAAUGAGAACCCUGGGAUAUCUUGUUAAUGUCAUGCAAGACCUACUGCUGCACUUUAGUUAAAACAGAUUGACUGCUAUCUGAAUAUACUUAGAUGAAGGUUGAAUGAGUUCAGGAAGCAGGUCCUAUCAGACGGGCAGAUGAUAAAAUAAGAGUAGGACCAAGGCUGGGUCAAAUCAGACAAAACAUCUUCUUAAUUGCAGAACAUAGUAAAAACACAGAGAGCAAAUCAAAAGAUUGGUCAAUCCAUAAUCUGUUUAGACAUUUCAUCCCAACACUGAGACUUAAUCAAAUUAUGAAAUAACCUAAUAUUAGCCACUGCUGUAGGGGAGAUGUAGACAGGUAGUAAGACUGGAUAUGUUAAACAAUAAAUAAAUAAAUACAUUUAUUAUUCCACUUAUAUCUAAAGGGUAUACCAUUUCAAUGUGUUUUAGUAAAGAAAAACUGUGUUGACUGUUGUAAUCAAUAAUAUGACAAAAUAACUGUGUCUUUAACUACUGAUAUUUCUAUUUUCAGGCAAACUUCUGGUUUCCAAUUUUGAAAAUGAAGUACUCUGAAUUAAUAGAUGAGGAACACAACCAAAACGAGAUUGAAAGCAAAGUUUAAAAUAAAUGACAAUUUCGUACAACACAUUUUUGCAAAUCCAAAAAAUUAAAUAUAUAAAUGAAAAAAAAUAAUAAAAUCAGCUCACUUAUUCUACUUCCUCAUCAUGUCUUUCAACUUCCCCUUUUUCCUAUGUAUGUUUUUUUUUAAGUG